UUUACCCACGUUCAGUUUGCCGAUCAAUUUAGUUUGCCAGGUAUUGACUUGAGUGCUUAAUAUAUAAGGUUCUAAGUAGGUUGUUGGGACAGUAGUGCUAUAGGAUAGGGAGGUGAUAGGUCAAAAAGGAUUCAAUCAAUUACUGAAUAAUCAUGAAGUUAGUAGUAGUGUUGUGCAUACUGGCGUUGGCAGCGGCGCGCCCUGAUGAGGGUUACAGCAGUCGAUAUGACAACUUCGAUGCGCAGGAGUUGGUAGACAACGUGCGCUUGCUCAAGAGCUACGGUAACUGCUUCUUAGACAAGGGGCCUUGCACUGCCGAGGGGAGCGACUUCAAAAAACUCAUCCCCGAUGCCCUAAAGACGAGCUGCGCGAAAUGCUCGCCGAAGCAACGCCACCUUAUCCGAAUUGUGACCAAGGGCUUCCAGACCAAGCUGCCUGAGCUGUGGAAGGAACUGGUCGCCAAAGAAGAUCCCAACAACGAGUACCAUGACGCCUUCAAUAAAUUCCUCAGCGAAUCUGACUAGAGCGAAAGCAGACAUAUUACCUACCUAAAUUAAUUCUU